CCCUAGGGCGGGGUGAGAUGCCGCAGCAGCCGCGUCGCUUGUAAACAGAGCCUGCUUCUGCCCACGUGAUCGUGCGAAGUACCUGUACUGGGAGCUGUAUUGUCCGCGGCGGCGCCCGCCCGGUGCAGGACGCUACCGCGGCGGGAGGCGGGGCCGGCGCAGCCCGCGUCGCGCGCGCUGGGCAACGAGCCGCAGCAGGAGGCCGAGCUCGCGAGCGGCUGUUUCCCCCCCCGGCCGGGCUCCGGCGCAUCCUUCUCCCCCAAGAUGGCUGAAGGCGGGCAGUGAGCCGGCGGUGGAUGCGGAUGCCUAGCGCGGGCGCGUAGCGGGACACCAUGUCCGCCUUCGCUCUGGAGGAGACGCUGGAGGCGGACUGGGUGGCGGUGAGGCCCCACGCCUUCCUCGAGGGAGAGAAGCACAAGUUCGCGUUCAUCGUGGCCUGGAACGAGAUCGAGGGCAAGUUCGCCAUCACCUGCCACAACCGGACUGCUCAGCGGCAGCGCAGCGGCUCGCGGGAGUUGCGCCGGGGCAGCCCCGGGGGGCCGGAGCGCAGGGCCCCUGCCCAGGCCGGCGUCCCCGCGGCCCGCCGGACCCCGGCCUGCGGGGCGGACUCCAGCCCGGCCAGGAGCGCCUCGCAUCCCCGUGCGGACUCGCUGCUCCGGAGCUCUGAGAAGGGCGCCGCGGCCGGGGCAGAGGCGAUGCUGAAGAGCCCGCUGCGGACGAAGGCCAGUCCAGUCCGGAGGCCGCCGCGCAGCACGGAGGCGGCGGCGCCGAGCCCAGCAAGUGCGGCCGAGGAGAUCGAGGUGCUGGAGCUGGUGAAGGAUGAACCCGCGGCCCCUCUGCUCUUGCUGCCGGGACCCAUCCAGCAAGGUACCGAGCCGGCCGCAGACGCGGACUCUCCGGGGGAGGAGUGCAGCUGGGCCGGCCUCUUCUCUUUCCAGGACUUGCGGGCCGUGCAUCAGCAGCUGUGCUCGGUGAACUCGGAGCUAGAGCCCUGCCUGCCCGUCUUCCCUGAGGAGCCCUCGAGCAUGUGGACUGUGUUGUUCGGGGCCCCGCAGCUGUCCGAGCAGGAGAUGGACGCGCUGUGUUACCAGCUACAGGUUUACCUGGGCCAUAGCUUAGACACCUGCGGGUGGAAGAUCCUCUCCCAGGUGCUCUUCACCGAGACCGACGACCCUGAAGAGUACUACGAGAGCCUGAGCGAACUGCGGCAGAAGGGCUACGAAGAGGUGCUGCAACGUGCCCGCAAACGCAUCCAGGAGCUGUUGGAAAAACACAAGAAUACAGAAAGCAUGGUAGAGCUGCUUGAACUGUAUCAAAUGGAAGAUGAAGCCUACAGUAGUCUUGCUGAAGCUACCACAGAACUGUACCAAUAUCUACUACAGCCAUUCCGAGAUAUGAGGGAACUUGCAAUGCUCAGAAGACAGCAGAUCAAGAUCUCCAUAGAGAAUGAUUACCUAGGUCCCAGGAGAAUUGAGAGCCUACAAAAAGAAGAUGCAGAUUGGCAGCGGAAAGCCCACAUGGCUGUCCUUUCUAUACAGGAUCUUACUGUUAAGUACUUCGAAAUAACAGCCAAAGCACAGAAAGCUGUGUAUGAUCGAAUGCGAGCAGAUCAGAAAAAGUUUGGUAAGGCAGCUUGGGCGGCAGCAGUAGAACGUAUGGAAAAGCUGCAGUAUGCAGUUUCUAAGGAAACACUGCAGCUGAUGAGAGCUAAGGAAAUCUGUUUGGAGCAAAAGAAACAUGCACUGAAAGAAGAGAUGCAGAGUUUGCAAGGUGGUACAGAAGCCAUGGCCCAUUUGGACCAGUUGGAAGCUGAUUAUUAUGAUCUACAGCUUCAGUUGUACGAAGUGCAGUUUGAGAUUUUGAAGUAUGAAGAGCUGCUGCUGACAGCACAACUUGAAAGCAUCAAAAGACUAGUAUCAGAGAAGAGAGAUGAAGUGGUGUAUUACGAUACUUAUGAAAGUAUGGAAGCCAUGCUUGAAAAAGAAGAUAUGGCAACAUCUAUACACUUACAAAGAGAAGAGCUGCAGAAGUUGCAACAGAAAAUCCGCCAGCUGGAAGCAAGGCGUGGACGCAUUUCAGCCAAGAAAGCCUACCUCAGAAAUAAAAAGGAGAUCUGUAUUGCAAAGCAUAAUGAAAAGAUCCAGCAGCGCCAUCAGAGUGAAGAGAAAUACAGAAUGCAUCAUACUGUGCAGCUAAAGCAAGAUCAGCUGCAAGAUGAAGAGGAAAAAAAGAGCUCCUGGGUUAGUCAGGAGCGACAGAAAACACUGGACAGACUUCGCACAUUUAAACAGCGGUACCCUGGGCAAGUAAUACUUAAAUCAACCAGACUGCGACUGGCACAUGCAAGAAGUAGUAGUACACCCAGCUCAGUGUCCUAUGUAGAUCAACCUCAAUCUCUGCCAGUAACCACACAGAUCCAAAAGAAAACUGAGGAGGUGGAAUUGGGAAAAGUAAUCCAGCCUUUACAAACCCAGGAGCCCAGAAGCUUAGAACAACUUGAAGAUAGUUCGUUACCACCCAAUGGCAUUACCUCUGAACUGUCUCAUCAUACUACUCCUCCACUUCUUGCCAGUAAUGAGCUUCAACCAGAUCCUGUUACUGUAGUUCCACUUCCGCCUCCUUUGCCGCCACCGCCACCACCGCCUCUGCCUAUCAAGGAAGAUUCUACUGAAUCCUUAGAGAAAAGUGACAGCCCUGUUAAACAGGAGAGUGAGGAUAAGGGAGUCCCACAGUCUACCACUGUCCCAUCAGCACAUCUUUUUGAUAGCAGUCAGUUAGUCAGUGCCAAGAAGAAACUUAAGAAGACAGAUCUAGAGGGUUUACAAAGGAGGAGAGUGAGUUCCCCAAUGGAUGAGGUGCUGGCUUCCUUGAAGCGUGGUAGUUUUCACCUAAGAAAGGUUGAGCAGAGAAAUCUCCCUCCUUUCCCCGAUGAAGAUGACGGCAAUAACAUCUUGGCACAGAUAAGGAAAGGGGUGAAACUGAAGAAGGUGCAGAAAGAUGUUCUGAGAGAGUCGUUUACAAUUCUGCCUGACACUGACCCUUUAACACGUAGCAUCCAUGAAGCACUGCGAAGAAUUAAGGAGGCAUCACCUGAAUCAGAAGAUGAAGAGGAGAGUUUGACUUGCACAGACUGGGAAAAUUAACCUGUGACUAGCAGCCACUGAAGCAAGGGAAAAAAACAACAACAAAAAAUAGCCCACAGCUGGAGAUCAAUCUUCCUCUUCAUUUCAGAAAAUUAAAAGCCAGCAAUUUUGACCAUCAGCUGCAUAGUAGAAAAAAGGCUUCCUUUGGCAAAUGAUUGAGUAUGUGAAAAAACGUGAAACACUGAUUUUUUUCAGAUUAUUUUUUAUUCAUUCCACAAGUGCAAGGUUGGACAAAAAGCUAAGUUGUUUAAUUAUGCAUUUUGUAUAACUGUAAUGAGAAAAGGGUCUUCAGGAUGUUUUCUCAAUUCUUUAAGCACUUUUUACAUUUGUGUUAGUAUAUAUGGCCAGUUAAGUGAGGGAACAUUUUAAGUGGGAAGAAUGCUGCAUUGAUAAAGCUACCAGGGGAUGCAGUUAAAACAUCAGGACAGCUAUGAAACCUACUUUUCAGUGCACUGAAAAUAUCAUCUGCUUGAAAAACAAAUUUAAUAGCUGUUCCACAAUAGCUAAAAUUCAGAUAGAGAUGCAAGUAAGAUCUCUUUAGUUAUUCUUCUCACUGCAAAGAAAUGUGUUAGUAUGAAAAAUAACAACAAAUGACUGUACAGUCUAAUAAGUACCAUAACAGUGGAAUACAUGUAUUUAAGAAUGUAUGUGUUUACAAUAUGGUACACUUAACAUGGCAUAUUACAGCACCUUUUUAGAAGGUCAGAUAUAAUCUUACACCCUACAUUUUAAAAGUAGAUUUUCCAUGCUCUUUUAAACAGUAAUAUUUAGGUGAGAUGAACUGAGUUAAUAGUUAUACCAUACAUACAAACAUGUUAUAAGAAGCAAUAUUUUGUAAUUUGAUACUUAAAAUUAUUUUUCUCUGUUAGCUUGACCUGUUCUUGUUUGAUUACUGUAAGUAACCUUCUUUACUUUCUUAUUUAAGGAGAAUGCAGGACUUAAACAUAUUAACACCAGUUAUGAAAGUUAUGCUUCUCUGUUAAUUGUUAGUAUUUCCUUUAGUAGCUACAAAAAAUUGUACAUCAUACCUAACAGCCUGUUUUGCUGAAAACUACACUUUUAUUGCUCGCUGUAUGUGUCUCUAAAGGAGGGGAGAGUACAAUUUUCAAUACAGUGAGAACUUAAAAAGAAAUAAUCCUAAACUGCAUGACUAAUAGCUGCGGGCAGCUAGUUUUAUAAUGCCAGUGUACUUAAAAGUACAUCUUAUACAGAGUAAUAAGUAAUCUUGUACCAUGUUAAAGGCUCCAUGUAAUGUUUGUUAGUUGAGAAGUGCUCAAAUUCUAUGAAAGUCUUGACCAGCAUUUUAUUUCAUUAAAAUUUUAUGUACUGUUUGAGAGACACGCCACCCCUUUCCUUUUACAAAAUUAUUUUUGUGUUCAGUAUUCAUUUUAUGAAGGACAAAUUACUGUACUCAUUUUCAUUUAGAAGCAGAUUCAUGAAUUGCUAUUGUUGUGUAAUGGAGUACAUAUUCCUCUUAAACUUUUAUAUCAGUUCUUCUUAAAAUAGUUGUGGGAGCAAGAAUAUUUACCUUGGCAAUAGGUUAUAUAACCAAAAUGAACCUCAGAUCUUGGAACAUUUAGGCUGUUUUACAAUGAUUGUCCUGAAUAAUAAAGAUCUGUCAUGUUUUGAAAGAUAAUUUGCCACUCUAUACUUGGCAUUGAUAGGCAUUUUUCUUGAUUUUUUUUUGCCUUAUCUAUAAUGUUUAGUGAAACAUUUUCAUUUUCAGAAGAAAUGCUUAUGAGCAGCAUUUUUCAGAAAUGAUACCAGUUUUGCUCCAGGUAUCAGCUUUUGGGGCAGCAUCUUUCUUGGACAGAGCAUCAGUUCUAUGACACAUCCAUCAUUAGCUUGUCAAGGACCUGACAACCUAAGUUCUUCCCAGUUUAUUUCUAUGGUUUUACAUCUAACUAAUAAUUUCAAAAUGUAUCAUGUGUAAUCAUUUAGCAUAGAUCAUAAAUGUAAGUAGUUUGUGUGCCUAUGGUGUACAGGCAUCCAUAUUCCAGAUUACAUUACAGUAUAAACUGGGUCCAGUGCAUGAAUUUUUAGCUGUAGCACAAAACAGAAGUAUCUGCAAAUUACGAUAAUAUAGUGUAUGUCAGUGGUUCUCAAACUAGGGCGGUCGCUUGUUCAGGGAAAGUCCCUGGUGGGCCGGGCCGGUUUGUUUACCUGCUGCGUCCGCAGGUUCAGCUGAUCGUGGCUCCCACUGGCCGUGGUUCGCUGCUUCAGGCCAAUGGGGGUUGCGGGAAGCGGCACGGGCCAAGGGAUGUGCUGGCCGCCCUUCCUGCAGCUCCUAUUGGCCUGGAGCUGCGAACCACGGGCAGUGGGAGCCGUGAUUGGCCGAACCUGGGGAUGCGGCAGGUAAACAAACCGGCCCGGCCCGCCGGGGCUUUCCCUGAACAAGCGGUGGCCCUAGUUUGAGAACCACUGGUGUAUGUGAAGCUGAGUGCUAGACCAACAGCAAUGGUGGGACAUCAAGUAUGUCUAGUUUUUCUUGCUGCAAAAAACCAAACUGCAGAUUGGACAGUGUGCAUAAAACACUGGCAAAACUUUUGAGUUGGGGGGGUGAAUAGUGUAAUUUGAAAAAACAGGAAUAAUGUUCCUUCCCCUUGCACUAAAUUUAUUAUCCACAAAUUUAUCACUAUAUAGGGAGAUGUUUAAAUAGCUCUGUACUGGGUUGUACUACAGAGUUCUCAGGUUUAUCUACAUAUGAUUUGUCAACUUUGCAUUGAAAACUUGUUCAUGAUUAAGAAUAAACCUGUCCUUGAUACAUAUAUAUUUAGUUAAAAUAUUAGAUUCCUGACUGAGUCUGUAUACAUUGCUUAUUCAUAGGAAUAUCAUAUUUUAUGCACAUGCACACAAAAGAUAGCUGCUGUGCUGAGCAUAACAGUUUAUAUCAAAUUCAAACUGCAACUUUAAAAGGGAAAGAUGGGGUGUGUUAUCUACAGCAUAUUAAAAAUCAGGUUUUAAUCUAAAGUAGUUACUGGAUGUCACA